CCUGAGAGCGAGUAACGGUAUACGCGAGGAAAACUGUUCCCAUCCUCCUCCUCCCCCCCUCCUCCUUCACUGGAAAAGAAAACGCAUGGAUGUGUUCGUACCAGAAGGGCAGUUAAAGAAAAAAAAAGGAAAAUAAAAUAAAAACCUCCUCCUGGUGUUUUCACAUUCAAAGGGGCAGCGGUGCGAGGUUGCCAGUUUGGGAGCGUGUUCUCCCCCGCCUUUAAAUUGGACUCUUCAAGCUGUGACUGGGCUGAUUUGCUCGCUUUUCGUUCUCCGCGGAGCCGCUGCCGUCGCCGCACCGCGCGGAAAUAACGGGACUUGACUCGCAGCCCGGGCUUCACUUAAAGUGGAUCGUUACAGAAUGGAUGCCACAUCAGUCACUGACCUCACAGAGUCAACAUCUGAAGAGGCUGAACUGGCUGAAUGUGAUUAACCAGGAUCUGUAAAGCUGUCAGAACCAAGCAGAUUUACCUUCCUUUGGUGAAUGUAAAUCUCCAAAGAAACCACACAGAUGGAUUUUAUUAAGGUUAUUCAUUAACCGAGUAUUGCACUUUUGGAAAGAUAAGAACAAUAGAAUAUUGCUAUAGCUAAAAAAUUUGCUCCAUGUGGUCAACGGAUCACUUUACUGUCUCACCCUCAGAACUCUAGAUUUAUCAUAAUGCUAUUUUAGUCCAGCGCACUCCCAAAGUUCCCAUUCAACUGAUUCUGACUGCAGCGACAUGUUUCUACCCAAGAGGAGGAGAAUCAGGACUUUUGCUCUGCUUUUUUGUGUUAUUACAUUUACAACCUUUCUGUUCAGUUACACUUUCCGGGACCCCUCGCUCUACUUCUUCAAGUAUGCUUUUCGCCUUUCGGACAACUUUUUCUCCAAAGGGCUGUGCGCCUGUCGACAGUGCAUGACAGAGCUGGAGGACGACCCCUGGUUCGCUGAGCACUUCAAUCAGUCCAUCCACCCUCUGAUGACCAGGGAGAACAGCGUCCUCUCUGAUGAAACCUUUAAAUGGUGGCAGUGGUUGCAGUCAGAGCGGCAGCCGGCCAACUUCAGUGAAGUGGUGGAGGAGCUGUUCCAAGUCAUCCCUGACGAGGUGCUCUACAUGGAUGCCAGCCCCGAGCGCUGCAGGACCUGCGCUGUGGUGGGGAACUCUGGGAACCUGAAAGGGUCCCAGUACGGCAGCAUCAUCGACUCCAGUGAUUUCAUCAUAAGAAUGAACCAGGCUCCCACUGGUGGCUUUGAAGAGGAUGUGGGUGCCAGAACAACUCAUCAUGUCAUGUAUCCAGAGAGUGCCAUAGACCUGGACAACAACACCAGUCUGGUGCUGAUCCCUUUCAAGAUUCUGGAUCUGCAGUGGAUCAUUAGUGCUCUCACCACAGGCACCAUUAAACACACAUAUAUUCCUGUGGUACCCAGGAUAAAGGCAAACAAAGAUAAAGUAUUAAUUUACAGUCCCACAUUUUUCAAAUAUGUCUAUGAGUCUUGGCUUGAGGGUCAUGGACGAUAUCCUUCAACCGGCUUCCUCAGCUUACUGCUCGCUAUCCACAUAUGUGAUGAGGUCAGUGUGUUUGGAUUCGGGGCCGACCAGUAUGGAAACUGGCACCACUACUGGGAGGAGAACCAUUUGGCUGGAGCUUUCCGACACACUGGAGUCCAUGAUGGAGAUUAUGAAUAUAAUGUCACCCUGCUGCUGGCAGACAAGCACAAAAUCCAAAUGUUUAAAGGCAGAUGAUACCAAGCCCAUAUGUGCAGUGGAAUGGCCACCAAAUGAACCUCAGCAGCCUUUUAAUGUUCUUUUUUUUCUUCACCUCAUGCCCGAAGAGUGUUUCUCUCAUGAUUUCCAAAGACAUUGUUAUGUGAAUUCUACUUUUUCUGUUUUUGACUUAAGAUACUGUCUGAGAAUGUCACUCCUAUUGACAAACCUACAGUUUCUCUUUGUUCCCGGACACAGACCGUCUGGACAAAACAGAAGCAACACUGCCACUCGUUUCGAAAUCUGCAGUUCCAACUCAGAUGUGUCAGGGCAGAGUGACUGGACAAGGAGAUAAGAGACCAUGGCUUGUCUCCAAGCAUGCUAUACUACUUAAGCUUUAGUUGUAUUAUACUCUAUAAUAUGUGUGCACUCUUUACAUAUGUUCUUUUGUAUUCACCAGCAACCAUUGUGGCCACCUGAAGCUUUAAAUGUUAAUGGUCCCACAGCCUGACACAAAAUAACUUCUAUUGACAGCAGCAGUCAGACAAAGAGCCAUAAUUAGUCUGUUGAUCUAUAGACAAAGAGAGGGGGAUUUAGUACAAAAUUCAUCAUUGUCAUUUAUGCAGAGCCUCUUGGAAAUAUAACCACUGUUUUUAACAAUUUUUAUUUUUUAGUUUAGUAAAAUAGUUUUAUUUUAACAAGCUUCUCAACAAAACACACCACUGACUGUGCUGUAAAUAUCACUUCAGUAUAAAUUUCCACCAUAUGGCGCUGAAGGUGUUUUACAUUAUAAUAAUGAGAGGUCUGAGGAAAAUCAAUUUUUUUUUUUCAUCACCCUGGCUGAUUUGGAAUCUCAUAAACUACCUGCAAGACAGAGCUGCUUGCAUCUUGCUUGUCUGAUCGCAGCUGUAAAAUACAGCUCAGCAAAGCCAAGGUACACUUAAAAUCAAGCCCAAAAUACGCCCAAAAGCAGAUACCCUUACCGAGUACUUAGGAAUUGGGAACGCCAAACCACCAUACAGGUUAGGGUCUCCCUUUGCUCUCUAAACAGCCUCAAUUCUUCGUGGCAUGGACUCCCUGUUGCAUUGAUCUGGUGACUGGGGAGGCCACUGAAGUCCACUGAGCUCACUGUCAGGUUCAUGAAACCAGUUUUGCUUUGCGACAUGGUGCAUUAUGCUGGAAGCAGCCAUUAGUAGAUGGGUGAAUUGUGGUCAUAAAGGGACACACAUAGUCAGCAACAGUACUCACAUAGGCUGUGACAUUCAAAUGAUGACUGACUGGUAUUAAGGGGGUGAAAAGUGUGCCAAGAAACACUUCUGACACCAUUGCUGCCCUGGACUGUUGACAAAAAGCAGUUUGGGUCCAUGAAUUCAUGCUGUCGACUGAAAUUCUGACCCUGCCAUCUGCGUGCCUCAGCAGAAAUCUAGAUUCAUCAAACCAGGCCACAUUUUUCCAGCAUGUGCCCAUUGCAGCCUCAGAUUUCUGCUCUUGGCUGACAGGAGUGGAACCCGAUGUGGUCUUCUGCCAUUGUGGUCAAUCCACCUCAAAGUUUGACAUGCAUGGGUGUAUCACUGAAUGGUCCUUCCGGGCACAGGCCCAGAUUAUAGAUUACCCACAGGGCCGUAGCCAGGCUUGUAGAAAUACUGAGGUCAUGGGUCCAAGUCAUCACAGCACACCAUAACCCCCAUUUAGAAAACUUUGACCAUUACCAAAAAUACAGGUGUCUAGAAUAAUUUUAUGGUAUUAUAUUUUUUGUAAAUUGUUUCUCUAUUCAUGAAUGUUUCAAAGCCUGCAAAAUCCCCAAAUUUAAAUUCUAGGGGGGGAAACUGAAUCCCUUAUUUAUUCAUUUUUUGCUGACUAAAAGCUGUCCGAUUUUCACAUAUUGAGCCCCAAACUUUGUCCAAAAUAUGAAGCCAAAUAAUUGAAAAACAAACCAGUCUCACCUGCACUUUGUGUUUAUUGCCACAGCAAAUAAUUGCAUGUUAAUAUGCUAAACUAACAUGGUAAAUGUAAAGGUAUACCUGGUGACUAAAACAAAUUAGCAUUGUCAUUGUGAGCAUGUUAGCAUGCUGACAUAGCACUUAGCUCAAAGCACUGACAUGACAUGACCACAGUGCCCUGAACGGUAAGGCUGUGUCAGUGUUAGCAUCAAAACUGUUCAAGAAAUCUAAGAUUAAAUAGCUUUUUUAUUCUUUUAACUGCAUGGCCCAUUACAGUGAGCAGUCAGUGGUGAAAAACAUAGUCUUGGAGUUGAUUUUUUUGAGUGUCUUGGCUUUAAAUGACUCUUCUGGAGACCUGCAGUGAGGUGUGGAUUAAUAGUGGAGCUAUAGUGAAGUAAUCAAUGAGGUUUUCAUCACUCAGUGUGAUGAAAAAGUACAGCUUGAGGUGUUACACACACCAUUUUAUUUAUCAAGUUGUACAUAGUCACUGAUCAUGGACAACUGACACACAGCGUACACAGGGGUGCCUUAUCAUUCAAAUAUGUACUGUGCAUUUUUAAUGUACAUUGUGAGAUACAUUUUUUUAUGAAAAGUAGGUGUUAAGUGCCUUUAAUGGGAGUUUUUUUUUUUUCUUUGAUUUAAUUUUACCAUCAAAUUGUACUGUAAUUAUUUUUGUUAUUUCUAGAUUGGUCAGUAAAUUUUACAAGUUUAUGUUAUUGUUGUGUAAACAGCAUAUAUUUUAAAGAAUCACACAUGACACAUACGUUAUAGCCAUUUUAGAGAAUCUUUCUUGUUUGUGUCACAGAACAAAAAGCUGAAUAUACAGUACAUGUAGGAUAGGUAUGCCAGCAUCUUUGGUUUUGCAGUUUUGAUGAAACACAGCUACAGUGGAAUCAGAGUUAAUACCCCUUCACUUAUUGCACACGCUAUUAUGUUGUAGAUUUAAAAAUGUGCCACUUUGCCCAUCAAUCGACACCUCAAAAACCCAUAAUGACCAAGUGAAAGUGACAUGUUUUUAGAAUUUAUUAAAAUUUUUAAAAAAAUCAAAAACUGAAAUCUGUCAUUUGCAAAAUGUAAAAUGCUGUGGCACUCCAAAUUGCAGUCAGGUACAUCCUGUUUAUUUUAAUUAUCCCUGAGAUGUGCCUGGAACUUGAUUGGAGUCUUCCUGUGGUAAACUGAAAUGAUUCGACAUAGUUAAGAGAAAGAAAUGGGGCGACACAGUGGUGGUGCAGUUUGCAUGUUCUCCUUGUGACUGCGUGGGUUCUCUCCAGCUUCCUCCCACAGUCCAAAGACAUGCAGGUUGGGUUAAUUGGUGUCUCAAAAUUUCCUGUUGGUGUGAAUGGUUGUUUGUCUAUAUAUGCUGCAAUGGGCUGACCUGCCCAAUGUCGGCUGGGAAAGGCUCCAGGCCCCCGCGACCCUUAAGGAAGACCAUAGACAGAGCAAGAAUAUGAAACUACUUUGAGGAUUCCCAAUAUCAGAGUGGUCUCAUUAAUUUGUAACCACUAGGAUUAGACUUGUCCAUGGCAAGAAGACCCUUGCUCAGCAGCACUCCAUCAACCAGAAGGUUAUACUAGUAGUAUAGUACAGUGGAUAGACAGAAACCAUUUUUCGCAAAAGGCAUAUGGCAACCCACUUGGAGUUUGCUGAAUGGCUUUUAAGGGUCUCAGAGCAUGAGGAAAAGGAUUCUCUGGUCUGAUGAGACAAAAAUUGAACUCCAAACUAGAAUUCCAAACACUGUGUCUGGCACUGGCAGGCACUGCUCAUCUCCUGGCUAAUGCCAUUACUAUGGUGAAGCAUAGCGGUAGCAGCAAAAUGCCUUGGGAGGGGGGAGGGAGGGUUCUCAGCAGCAGGGACAGGGAGACUGGUCAGAACUGAGGGGAGGAUGAAUGCAGCCAAAUACAGAGAGGUCCUUAAAGAAAACCUGCUCCAGAGUGCACACGUCCUGAGACUGGGCCAACAGUUCACCUUUUAACACUAUAACAGCCCGAAGCAUACAGCCAGGACAAUACUGGAGUGGCUUCAGGACAAGUCUCUGACUGUCCUUGAGUGGCCCAUUGAAAGCCCAGACUUAAAUCCCACACAGCAUCUGUGGGGAUACCAGAAGAUGGCAGCUCACAGAUCCUUCCCAUCCAGUCUGACAGAGCUUGAGAGGAUCUGUCAGCAUGAAUGAGACAAACUGCCCAAAUCUAAGCUUGUAGAGACUUAUCAAGGAGGACUCAAAGCUGUAAUUGCUGCCAAAGAGACUUCUACAAAGUCCUGAAUCGAAGGUCUGAAUGCUUUUGUAAACACGUUUUAACUUAAUCAUUGUGGAUUACUGAGUGUCAAUUGAUGGGCAAAAAUGCCAAUAUUAUCCAUGUACUAGUGAAGGGGUAUGAAUACUUUAUGAAGCCAGCACCUGUUUUGUUCAGGCUUGAAAUUAUUAUUAGCUGCACUUGCUGAACUUGUAGAUAUCUGAAGUCUGAGUGUUUUAUGGCUUCAAGAAACACAUAAGCAUUUUCAGUAUUCUGCCCUCAUGUUAUUAUUUUCACCAACAAAUCUCUGAUCUGAAAUGUUACGAGUAUUAUUUCAGAUUCUGCAGGAGCUGAGCUUGGUGGUGUUUAUCUAAUAGGUUAUGAUUUGCUCCACGUGCCUUGAUAUGUAAUGGGACAUUUACACAGUCAGUAUCUUCAUGAUCUUUUCCCUCUCCAUGUGAGAGCCGGCUGAUAAGGAGAGGAGCCACAAUGUUUGUUCAUUGCAAAUUUGUCUGCCACCUUGUAUGCUUAACAGUUUGUACAUCUGUUCUGCAGGGGACACUGUCACCUAGUGGAUAAGAACAUGCAUCAACAUUAACAUCACUUGAUUUGUUCUAUACAAGAAUGAUGCGAUGACUUCGUAUUAACACUUUAACACUUCAUUGUUUAAUGUUCAAGCAUAAUUACAAAGCCUGUCACACACCUGUAUUUGAUCUGCUUUUUCAUCCACCUGAGAACUAAGGUCUUAAUUGUUGAAUAGUAAAAUAAAAAAUAAAAAAGCAGCACCUUCAGAAAAAUCA